AUGCUUCCCAGGUUUGCCAAAGCGUUCCGCGGGUCGGAUGAGGACCUGGAAAAAGCCCCUCAAAUCAACAAUUCCUCCGAAACAAACAACAACGAGCCAUUCGAUAACUCCAGCGAUGGCGCCGUGCCCGGUGAGAGCUUUGAAUAUGGCAAUUCGAUAUUUGCCAAGAUCCAGCGCCUCGCUGGUAAGCUCAACAUCGAGCAGCGCGGUGUCGAACGGGUCCCGGACUCGGAGCGAAAUGAUACGUCGUACCUCAAUAUCGGCAGCAUGUGGUUGGCCGCAAACAUGGUCGUCAGCUCCUUCGCCAUUGGUGUUCUCGGAAAGUCUGCUUUCAAACUCGGCUUCGUCGAUGCCAUUCUGGUCUGCCUCUUUUUCAACCUCCUUGGAGUGAUGACCGUAUGCUUCUUCUCAUGCUUUGGUCCUGCCUUUGGAUUGCGUCAGAUGGUGCUCUCGCGAUUCUGGUUUGGGUGGUGGGUUGUGAAAUUCAUUGCCGCUCUUAACGUUAUCGCCUGUAUCGGUUGGUCUGCUGCCAACGCCAUCGUUGGCGCCCAGCUCCUCAACGCAGUGAACACCGAUGUUCCCGGAUUUGCCGGUAUUCUCAUCAUCACAUUCUGCACAUUCUUCAUCACCUUCUGUGGCUACAAGUUUGUUCAUAUGUAUGAAUUUUGGAGCUGGAUUCCUACCUGCAUCGUGUUUUUCAUCAUGCUUGGUAUGUUUGCUCAUUCAGGCGAUUUCGUCAACAUCCCAAUGGGAGUCGGAAUGUCGGAACUGGGUUCCUGUCUGUCCUUUGGGUCCACAGUUUAUGGCUUUGCAACUGGUUGGACCAGCUACGCUGCCGACUACACCGUCUAUCAGCCUAAGACUCAAAGCCGCCGCCUAGUCUUCUUCUCCGCUUGGAUUGGUCUGAUCAUUCCGCUGCUGUUCACUCAAUUCCUCGGUAUCGCCAUCAUGUCCGCGACAGCUAUCGGGGACGGGUUUAGCAACAAAUAUGCCAUAGGCUACCGAGCCUCUGUCAACGGCGGUCUUAUUGCAGCCGUUCUAGAGCCUCUGGGCGGCUUUGGCAAAUUCUGCCUCGUCAUCCUAGCGUUAUCCAUCAUCGCUAACAAUUGUCCGAACAUUUACUCCGUCGCUUUAACCCUCCAGGUCAUGGGCCGGGCUACACAACGCGUGCCGCGAUUCAUCUGGACUUUCCUCGCCUCAUGCGUCUCUCUUGCGAUCGGUAUUCCUGGCUACUCGCACUUUGAAACCAUUCUGCAGAACUUCAUGAGUCUCAUCGCUUACUGGCUGGCCAUUUACUCUGGCAUUUCGCUUAUGGACCACUUCGUCUUUCGCCGUGGCUUCUCCGGCUAUCGUCCAGAGGACUAUGACAAACCCGACAAGUUGCCCAUGGGCAUCGCCGCAUCUAUUGCGUUCGCCUUUGGCAUUGCCGGCGUUGUUGUUGGCAUGAGCCAAUCGUGGUGGAAGGGUCCUAUCUCCAGACAUGCUGGUGACCCCGCAAUUGGUGGUGAUAUCGGCUUCGAGCUGGGCUUUGCCUUCGCCGCUGCGAUGUAUCUCGUCUUACGACCGAUCGAGAUUCGUUACAUUGGUCGUUGA